AUGGACAUUAAUAUUCUCAUUCAACAAACUGUGCAGAACGUUGUACAAAGCGUCAGUUUGGAGGAUUAUGAUGGCCUUUCGCGGUUUGGUGACUAUGAAUUAAUAUGCUUUAGCGCUGCAUUGAAGAACAACAGUUCUAUUCUCUCACUUCAAAUAAGAUACCUUGACGUUUCGGACACAUCACUUGUUCCACUAUGUCGGGCACUGGAGGUUCAUCCAUGUAUUCGUGCAUUGGACCUUUCUGGCACACGUGGUGGAAAUGUCAGCAUCAAGGCUGUAUUUCGUCUGGUUUGCAGAAACCCAAGCAUUCUUUUUGUUCGGUUAGACGACACAAUGGUAUGCCCUCAGGAUGCUGAGGAUGUGGUUCUUUCUUUUAUCUAUACUUCUACCUUCUCCUACUAG